AUGCAGACAGCGACGCGGCCACAGCAGCACCGACCGAGCAGCGCCGCCUUUCCCCGGCUGACCCGCAGACCAUGGCUCGGAGCGGAGCCCCGGCGGCCCCGGCCCCCCCGGUGCUCCCGGUCCUCCUGCUCCUCCUCUCCGCCGGCCCUCCGGUCGCCGUGCAGUCGUUCAGCCACCUGAGCUUCAACCUGUGUAAGUGGUGCGAGGCGUCCAGCCCGGUGUGCAGGGACAGCGUCUGCCUCAGCAACUGCAGCCUGUCGUCCUUCUGCAGCGUGACCGAGGAGAUCUGCGUCGCCAUAUGGAGGAAGUUCAACGACACGAUGACAGUGCACACGCUGUGCCACCACCCGACUCUGCCUCUGGAGGGCGUCGACCCCGGCCUGCUGCUGAACUUCACCACCAGGCAGUGUCACAUGGUCCCACAGCCGGCGGAGGACGGAGCCAUGAUGGUCUGUGGCUGCCAGGGCGAACACGAAUGCAACGACAAGCUCAUCUUCGACAAAGGAGCCAAUGGCUUCUCCAGGCUGCAGAGUAAGGAUGUGAUCCCAGUGGUGGUGGUGAGUUUAGUUCCACCUGUCCUGGUCGCCAUCGUUGCCGUCACCGCCUUCUACUUCUACCGCAUCCGCCGCCCUGACAAGCCAGGUCCUCCUGCACGCCCAGACUGGCCCACCAGACGCACUCCUGAGCUCUACCAGGCUCUGGAUCUCCAGUGUGGAGGUGGAGGCGGAGGUGUGACGGGUCCGGGCGCCGAGGAGGACGAGUCCAAAACCAAGGCGCCUAACAGGGACCUCCUCGCUGACAUGACAGAGUGGGAGAUCCACCCGACGGAGCUGCUGCCCAUCAAGCUGGAGGAGCUGGUGGGGAAGGGGCGCUUCGCAGAGGUGUGGAAGGCGCGUCUGCUGGAGAGCGAGAGGGGCGGAGUCAGCAGCUACCAGACUGUAGCAGUGAAGGUGUUCCCAGCUGUGGAGUACGCUUCGUGGAGAAAUGAGUGCUCCAUCUUCUCUGACCCCGAGCUGCAGCACCAGAACGUGGUUCAGUUCCUGGCAGCGGAGGAGAGGGGCUCGCCGGGACACUCCCUCAGGACCUACUGGCUGGUUCUGGCCUAUCACAGCCUGGGAAACCUGCAGGAGUUCCUCACCGCGAACAUACUGAGCUGGGAUGAACUGGUUGCGAUGGCAGGCAGCAUCGCCGAAGGAGUAGCUCACCUUCACAGUGACACAACUCUCAGUGGGGCACCAAAGGUUCCCAUUGCGCAUCGAGAUCUGAAAAGCAGCAACAUUCUGGUGAAGAGCCGGAAGGAGUGUGCACUGUGCGACUUUGGGCUGGCGCUCAGACUCGACCUCUCGCUCACAGUGGACGACUUUGCCAACAGUGGACAGGUGGGGACGGCUCGAUACAUGGCCCCUGAGGUGCUGGAGUCCAGGGUCAACCUGGAGGACCUGGAGGCCUUCAAACAGAUGGAUGUUUACUCCAUGGCUCUGGUCUUAUGGGAGAUGGCUUCUCGCUGUCACGCCAUCGGAGAGGUGAAGAGCUACGAGCCGGCAUUUGGCUCAAAGGUUUGCGAACAGCCCUGCGUGGACAGCAUGAGGGACCUGGUCCUGAGGGACAGGGGGAGGCCGGACAUCCCCUCAGCCUGGACGCAGCACCUGGGGAUGAGCGUCUUCUGCUCCACCGUCACCGAGUGCUGGGAUCACGACCCCGAGGCCCGACUGACCGCUCACUGCGUGGUGGAGCGCUUCAACGCUCUGGAGCAGGAGCAGGAGGCGGAGCGGGUGGAGGAGGGGGUUGUAGGUCAUGAGGAAGAGGCGGAGGAAGAGGUGGGCGAACACCAGGGGUGAGAAGAGGACUUGGGCCCAAUGAGACAAUGAGUGACGAGGGAAAGAAAAGAACUUGGAAAACAACCAGAUUCACUCCGUGUCCUCGCCCGUCUUUUCGGUCCCUCCGGACUCCAAGAGACUUAUCAGAGAUGCAUCCCAUGAUUCCCUGCUUCACACUGGUUCCCACGGUUUGAGAUGCACUACAUCCUGGCUGGCUGUGUUUACACUGUCUGAGGCCCCGGUUCCACCACAACGUUUUGGGUGUGCAUUUACACGACAGUGGUGACCCAGAAAAUACAACUUUUUUUUUACUCCCAAGGUGGAACUUCUUGAAAACGCUCUGACUCCGUGCAGAUGAUGGAAAUUCUGCUACUGAUCCUGCACACCAAGGCUGUAGUAAACAGCUGUUAUGCACAUGCUCAGUAGAUGGACGCUAACAUUCCAAAAACAAACAACGGCUCCAACAUGUGGCUGAACAUGGAAACUACAGAUGUGUUCAGAAUGUUGUAAACGGAAAAGUUUUCUGAAACGAAAAUGCAAAAUGAUGCAUUUACGUUUGAAAUGUUAUUGUCUAAACCAUCGUCCAACUGAACACAAAGGAUCACUGUUGUGGCUGCUGUGCUCAUCAAACAGCCCCUUUUCGGGUCUGUAGCCACCUGACCAUGACGUUCCCUGGAUUAUGCAUCCAGUCGAAACACAACGCUCCACCCUGCACACGGCAUUUUAUCUUCAGAGAAAAGUCAGCUAUUGUGCUUUUCCACCUCAUGUGUCAGUAUUUCGUUUACCUGGUUUAUCGUCUGAUGUGAAACAGCGCUCAAGAGAAAUGCUGCACAGAUGUUACUAAGCUAUAGAUUUACUUUUAUCUGUAUUCUGGAGUUUUUGGUUGUAACUCAAAGAGGACAAAUAUGACCCAAACACAUCUUUCUGCCUCAAAGGCACAGUAUGUAAUAGCAUUGAGGCGACAGUAGCUCAGUUGGCUCAGUUAGCAGGUCGUCUUAUCACCGGAAGGUUGGUGGUUCGAUCCCCGCUCCUGUAGGCGUAAAACUGUUGUUGUGUCCUUGGGCAAGACACUUCACCCACCUUGCCCAGUAUGAAAGUUGUGAGAGUGAAUGGUUGGUGGUGGU